GUGCAGGCGUCAAGCGGCUGAAAGCUCAAAAUACCAAGAAGCAAAAAUAUGAAAGCCGUGCUGGAACUUUGUCUUGGCUUUACUGCGCUGCUCAUUUGCGUAGGCUCUGGCCAAGCAAUGUUAGAGAUUGAGAAUAAUGCAGUGAAUCACAAGCUGAGCGGCGUUAUACAAUGGAAAUACGAGAAACGCCCCUUUUGUAAUGCAUUUACAGGCUGUGGACGUAAGCGCACAUCCUAUCCCUCAUAUCCACCAUUCUCAUUGAUUAAACGCAACGAUAUUGAAGACAAACUCUAUAACAAUGAAUAUCUCAACGAGGGUCUAAGCGAUCUCAUCGAUAUCAAUGCCGAACCUGCUGUCGAAAAUGUGCAAAAACAAAUCAUGUCGCAGGCAAAAAUCUUUGAGGCCAUCAAGGAGGCCAGCAAGGAGAUAUUUCGCCAAAAACAAAGCAAACAAAAACAAAUGGAGCAUGAGCAGCAGCAGCAGUUAGAGCAACUUGAGCAGCAGCGUGAGAACAAUUAACGAUGCAAUCAAACUUCCAAACAACUACAAAAAGGCGAUGAAAACUAAA